GUGAGGAUCACCGUACGGCCCCGCCUGUUUCUCUUGAUUGACGUUCGAUUUGAUCAAUGAGGAGGUGGCGUGGGCGGGGCAGGAAGGGGAGGGGGCGGUUACCCGGCGGUAGCAGUACGCGCAGGUCGGGCACAGCAGCAUGGCGGAAGACGAAAGUGAUCAGGAGUCGGAGAGGCUGGUGGAGGAGCUGGAAGCCAUAACCGACGAGGAACUGGGGGAACCGGGAGCGGGACAGCUGGGCAGCCGGGAGUACUGCCGCCGCUUCUGUGAGGUUGUUGAAGAUUACACUGCACGAUGGCAAGUCCCUCUGCCGCAGCUUCAAGUACUCCAGACUGCGCUAUGUUGCUUCACAUCUGCGAGCGUAUCUUUCCCAACUGAAUGUGAACACGUUCAGUGUGUUUUGAGCAGACUGGCUUUGAGUCUUUUUGAGUUGCUUCUGUUUUUUGGGAAAGAUGAAUUUUAUGAGGCUCCUUUGAAAGACAUCCUUGGUUCAGUCCAGGAAUGCCAUGACCUCCUAAUUCGAUACGACAACACAGACUUAAGACAGGUAUCAUGUGUUAUUAAGGAUGGAGGCCCUUGGGAAGAUCCAGUAUUACAAGCUAUCCUUAAAGGGAAGACUGAACCUCAAGAAAUUGUGGAUAAAUACUUGAGGUCGGAGAACCAGCUGUUUUUUGAGUUUAGAGUGAGAUACCUCAUCGCCUGUGAACGUAUUUCAGAAGCAGUGGCUCUAAUAACAACCUGCCUGAGUCACCCUGAAGUCAGUAAGAACCUGUAUUAUCAUCAGGCCUACUUCAUCUGUCUGCAUAUGACCCGCUUAACAGACAAACUGCUUCCUGAGCAUGUUCUAAGAAUAGACUGCAGUGACGGGGUUCAAAUUAUCUGCAACAUUGAAAAAGAAGGUAAAACUGCGUUGGCAUUGCAACUGAGCGAAGCUUUUCUCAUCACACAGCUGCAAACGGGAAAAAUGUAUUGUAUUUGGGAUUUAAUUUUUAUUUGGAGUAAACUUCAAUUUAAAGUUAACCCCUCCAAGCAAGCAUUUAUUGAGCAAUGCUACAACAUGCUCAGGAUCGCUGCAAAUGUCAAGGUCAUAUUUCCCUUCAUGAAAACUAUCAAAGAGGAGAUUGGGGAAUGUGCGGUGCAGCUGUCGGUAGAACUUUGUGGUUGUGCGUUACAAUUGGAUCUUCAAGAUGACCCCGAAACAAAAUCUUUAAUUUAUAAAACCAUAGCUUAUCUUUUACCCACUGACUUGGAGAUCUGCAGAAUCUGUGCAUUAUCAGUCUUCUUUCUGGAGCGGAACAUAGAAACGUAUAGAGUUGUUGAACGGUUGUAUAGAUACUCUGAUGAGGAUUACAAUGAGUUUACCAGCUACGUGGAGAAUCGAGUGCGCUUUGAACUACUUCCCAUUUUAAAAAGGGGUUUAUUAUUUGAUCCUGAAUUUUGGAAUUUUUCAAUGAUCCAGACAAACUGUGCUGAUCUUCUGGGAGGCACAGGUGCACAGGCUUUAUCAAACUCCGAUGCACUUGAUAACAUCGUUGAACAGAAAAGUUUGCCUUUGGAGUCUGAGUGCGCUGUAAUGCCCUUACACAAUGGAGAAAUGAAGCACAAUGAAAGCAGUAGCAGACUUAGAGCCUCAUCAACUCCUAGGAAAAACCAUCCGGUGCUCACCCCCUCCAAGGUGGAUACGCCCAGGCAUCAUUGUACUCUGUGUAAUAGACAGUUUUUGGGUGGUCACAUACUUAGACAUGCACAGACUCAUCAUAAAAGAGGUUGGUUUUCAUGUGUUAUCUGUGCCCGGAAGUUCAGAAACAAAGUGAAGAUGCUUAGACAUCUAAAACACCACCUAAAGAAAAUGCAAAGGCAUCCAGAAGGAGAAGGGCUUCCGCUCAAGGCUUCAUCCGAUCCUGUGCACUUGUAUUCUGAUAGGAAUGAGGUGAAUUCUUCGGGAGAAUUGCCUUCAUCUUUAGAAGCUGUAAAUUCUAACCAGGACUUGCUAGACCAUAAUCAUACCAUUCCUGGUGAAAACCCCACAGUUGACUGUAAUGGGGAAAUUGUAAAUUAUUCUACAGCCACACAGACUUCGUUCUCAUCAGAUCUUAGUAAUUUAAAUGACACGUCUGCACUAGGUGAAAUUCAAGAAAUAGAAGACCAUGCUGGAAAGAAUGUGAGCCAAUGUGUUAAAUUAAAUGGAACUUUGUGUAGCAAAGACCCAGUUCAGAAUAAUCAUGUUCGUUAUCCGUGCCCUGCGCAUGGUUGUUUCCGGGUUUUCACAAGGGCAAGAGCCUUGAAUAAGCAUGCACGGAACGCACACCCAUCUGAUGAGAAGGUACAGCAGCACAUCAUGUCCUGGAACAAAGGCAAAUGCCGCUUCUGUCAGAGGAAGUUUGACAAUUGCAGACAUUUCAUUGACCACCUAAAUAUGCACUUCUAUCCCAAUGUCUAUUUCUGUCAGCAAUUAAAUUGCAAUAUGCGAUUCAAGCUUGCAUCUCAACUUGUCGAGCAUCAGCAAAGCCAUGAGGACUUUAAACUUCAGUGCGGGUUCAAGAACUGUCCUGAAGUCUUCGAUCAGAUCUCUUCCCUUCACAAGCAUGAAGCUCAGCACUAUGAACAAAAUCCAGUAGAUGAUAGUACUACUUUACCGAUCAUGGAACCUGUAGAAGAUGAUCAUGUUCCACGAAAAGACAGUGGAAACUUGGGUCAACAACAAGCCAUGCCUUCACUUUCUAGUAAAAAAUUACAACCUUUCCAUGAAGAGGCUCAAGAAUUGCCCAUUCCUAUUUGGAAGUCCAGAAAAGAUGUAGCAGAACCAAAGACCUAUAAGCAAGCAGAUAAAAAAGUUAAUGGUGAGAUACACUUACCUGAGCAGGUCCUCCAAGUAGACUCCAAUGUGCAGGAGCCACUUCCUGAAAUCACCCAAGCUCCUGCCGAUGAGGAACAAAACCUCAAUGGACACACUGCUGAGGAGCCAAGUGUUGUGGUAGAGACUUCAGCAACUGUAGACAAUGGUGAAACAACUGUAAUGCCCAACCCACCGUUCGCAGUUACCGCUGAAGAGACUCUGCCAACAAACAUUGUUACUGAAAAUGAACAGACUCCCUCUAAACCAAAUUCGUCCACUUCCGCGUUCAGCUCAGCGCAAGCUCGACCAUAUAGGCGGCCAUUGCCGCCCACUUAUCUAGCUGAACAGUAUCUUAGUAUGCCAAAACGCAGGAAAAAUGACCUGACAUACACUUCUGAAAACAAUAUGGUAUCUAAAGCUCCAGUGGAGAAAUUUAGAUGUGGGAAGUGCCUAACAAAUUACUGUAGCUCUGAAGCACUUGAGGAGCAUCUAGCACAGAAGAAGUGUCAGCUAUACUUCGGGUUUGACUCAGAUGAUGAAAGUGCCUGGUGAAAAUUUGCACAAGAAGACACAACAUCAUCAUUUUAUUUUUUUUUAUUUAAUUUUUUUUUUUAAUAUCCCGGAUUCAAUUUGGCCUUAAACAAUAAGACUCUACCAGCUUUCACGUUUUUACAAAAAAAAAAUUCUUGUGGAGUGCUAGAUGUGUAUAUUUAAAUUCCUGAAAGAUUUUUUCACUUUCACAUUUUAGCAACAAAAAAAUGUGCCAUGUAAUUUUGAAGUGUGUGCUGCCUUGAAGAUUGAAUCAAAUAAAA